ACCCGCUCAAGGCGUGCUUUAAUCUGCAGACUACUUCUUCGAUAUCUUCAUCAUUCAAUCUUUCAUUGCCAUAUUCCACCAAAGAUCUAACUUCCUUCAACGUCUACAAUGCCUUACACUAUCCUUAUCUUCCUCACACGCGAAGCCGGCAUGUCUCAUCAGGAGUUCAAGGAGUACUACGAGACCAUCCAAAUGCCUCUACUUCAACGACUUGGGGGCGAACAUUUCCCCAGAAGCCACAAGCGAUACUACCUCCAGCGCCAAAUCGCAGAGACUGGGCAAUCAAUGGAUCCUGCUGUGGAUGUCGACGCCGUCGCCGAGAUCAUCUUUGGUGAUGAAACAGCUUUCCAAGCUUUCAUGGCAGUCUUGAAAGUGGAGGAAGCGGCCAAGGAGCUGAGGAUCGUCGAAGACAAGUUCGUGGACCGCGAGAAGCUGAAGAUGGUCGUUGUGGGGGACAUUCAGGAAACUAAGAGACAAGAGUAAAUUCUGUUUUUCUUAGCCCAAUGUGGAACACGAGUAGCGGUUGCACGACUUUGAGUUAUAAGACUUAGAGAUCUCCGGAAGAAUGUUGGUACCGGGCCGAAUAUUGCUCAAAUUGCUCCAUCUGAGUUUGCAUGUGUGUCAAGGCAGCUUCAAGAUGGUCUAUGUUUUGAGACGUGGACUUGAGGCUGUGCACAAUCGCAAGUCCACCAUUGAGGUGAGCAGAAAUCAGAUUUGAAUCUCUUUUGCCGGGUCGGAAAUUCUGAAAUGCCUCAACGUGAGCGAAGAUGAUACUAGCCAGCACAGCGAGCUCAGAGCUUCCUGCUGAAUGUCCAAGUCGUUCAUUUACAAUUCGUA